ACUUCCCUACGAUAAGCAAAGCAAAAUAAAAACAAUCCCGAAACACCCCAAUUUUAAUUUACUAUUUCUUCCUUCUUUUCUCCACUUUUUUUUAUUAUAAUUGUUUUGAUGUUGAAAGAAGAAACGAAACCAUUACUUUCUCGAAAGGAAGGUCAAUUAUCUCUACCAAGAUCCAGAUCCACUUGCUCACAGACAGAUCUUAUAAAAAACAAUGAUGCAGAUGCCACUGUUACUAAAAGGAAAUUGAUGACUGCAUGCUUCAUUGCUUUUAUGUUUUUUAUUACCGAGAUCACUGCUGGCUAUCUUGCCAAUUCAUUGGCUUUACUCAGUGAUGGAUUCCACUUGUUGUCUGAUGUAGCAAGUUUCAUCGUUGCUCUAGUUGCCAUCUACCUAGCUGAGAAAUCACCUACGAAACGUCAUACGUUUGGGUUCCAUCGCGCAGAGGUCAUUGCUGCACUUGUUUCUGUUUUUACUAUUUGGUUACUGACUGGAUUUUUGGUCAUGGAGGCUUUCCAUCGUUUAAGCCAUCCUCAACAAAUUGAUGCAAAGAUUAUGUGUGGAACUGCUUCCAUAGGUGUCAUGGUGAACGUCAUAUUGGCUUAUGUAUUAGGUGGACAUCAUCAUCAUCAUCAUCAUGAUCCUCAUCAUCACCAUCAUCAUCAUGAUUCUGAUCCAGAGAAUCAAAUCAUGCCAAGAAAGAAGAUGGAUAAUAUUAACCUUCAGGCAGCUGCACUUCACGUUAUAGGUGAUCUCCUGGCAUCACUGGGUGUUCUCAUCUCAUCAAUUGUGUUAUGGAUCAAACCUGAAUACGGCUUUGUGGACCCUUUGUGUACAUUUUUAUUCUCAAUGAUAGUGAUGUAUACGACAUAUCAUCUUGUUCGAGAUUCUUUGGUUGUCUUGAUGGAAGGAGUGCCUCAUCAUCUCGAUGUGGAAAAGCUUGAAACGUCAUUGUUAGGUUUGAAAAGAGUGAUAGGUGUCCAUGAUCUUCAUAUCUGGACGUUGUCCCCAGGAAAGAUGGCUCUUUCUGUACAUUUGACUGUGAAUCCUUUGGUAAAUACGGCAACAUCAAGUUUACAUAGUGAUAGUAGUGGUAGUAGUUCCCAUACGAUGAUGGCGGAGGUUAAUCAUGAUAAUCGGGUUUUGGUAGAAGCUCAAUCUUUGAUUUAUGAUCUUUAUGGUGUACAUCAUAGUACUAUACAAAUUGAAACAAAUGCUACUGGCUCCCUUGUUGAUGAUUGCCUACUGCAUUCACACUAAGCAAAAAAAAAAAAAAAAAAAAAAA